CUCCACCUUUUCCAACUUUCCCUUACACUUUCGUCCCCUACAUUACCCCCAAGUUCCACCCCUUUGCUCCAACCACCACCUCCUUGACAGCAUUCGGCUCAUCAAUGGAGGCUAAGAGCUUUGAAGGCAAGCGAACUUUCAAAGAGAAGGUGAACAGGCCGGAUGCCAUAGUCGAGGAUCAAGAUGUGGAUGAUGACUUGGAUGAAGAAGAGGGCGGUGUUGAAAUGAUAAGCUUUGUGGAUAAUGAUCAGAUCAGAAAGAAAGCAGGCGUUAAUGUUGCUGUCUCUGCAGGGAAAAGAACAGGAUCUGGUGCUGGUGGGGUGUCACCGCCAUGUUGCCAGGCAGAGAAGUGUGGUGUUGAUUUGACUGAAGCAAAGCGGUAUCAUCGCCGUCAUAGGGUCUGUGAGUUUCAUUCGAAGGCGCCCACUGUGAUUGUCGCCGGACAGCGGCAGCGGUUUUGUCAGCAAUGUAGCAGGUUCCAUGAGGUAUCGGAGUUUGAUGAAGCAAAAAGAAGUUGCCGCAGACGCUUGGCCGGACAUAAUGAGCGGCGCCGGAAGGGCUCAGCAGAUCAAUCUGGUGGAGAAGCUGGCUCGAGCCGCAAAGGGGUUGGUCAACAGUCUAAGGAGAUCAAUCAGAUUAUUAGGCAAACUGAUGAUAAUCAAAGAGGAAGGAUUCAGGUUGCAGUUCCAGCAGGGAAUUCCAGCUACAAGCAUCUCCAGAUUAGAUAAAAGAUUAAAUGCUUAAUUUCUGGCAUGCUCUCUCUCUUCUGUCAGCCUGAUGAUCAUAUACAUAUAGUUUUCUAUGCCGUGUACUGAGAAAUAGUGUUUGUGUCGUGUUGAGAUAGACCAUUAUCUUUGUAACCACAAACCUUGGGUACGAAGUUGCCUUAUGUUCUACUUUAUGAGCUUGUAUUCGAUCUGCAAACUAAUUGAUGCCAUAUAUAUGAGCACUACUGGUAUGUUCAAUGGAAA